AUGCAGAGCUUAUCACAAACAGUCAAUGAGACAAAUAGUCGACGAUUUGUCCAAGCAUUAUUAAGUAGCAACAGAAAUGCUUCAUCACGUUGGAAAGUUUUAUCCAGCAUUCAAAACUUCAUUUUGGUUUGGUUGAACUCGAACAUUGAUGAGUUCAAUGAUGAUUUUCGUAAUUCCAUAACUAAACUGCGACGAAUUGUCAACAGAAUCGAUCGAUUCACUGAUGUUAACCAAUGUGCCGAUUUUCUCACCAAAAUCGAAAAGGAGAAGAUAUUCAUUAUUGUAUCGGGUAGUCUUGGUCAAUCUGCAGUACCUGAUAUACAUGAUAUGCCUCAAGUAGAUUCUAUCUACGUAUUUUGUGAAGAUAGAUCAAAACAUUCACAGUGGGCAGAAAACUGGACGAAAGUUAAAGGUGUAUUUACUGAAAUUGAUUCUAUUUAUGAUGUACUUAAACGUGAUACACAACAAUGUGAUCGUGAUUCGACUACGAUUAGUGUAACAAGUGGAGAUUUGAAUCGUCUCGAUCCAUCGUUCAUGUAUACACAACUACUCAAAGACAUUCUCAUCGAUAUGGUACAUGACGAAGAGGAAAGGAAAGAACUCGCUGAUUUUUGCCGACAGAAUUAUCAUGAUAAUCCGACCGAGUUAAAAAUUAUUGAUGAGUUUGAGAAAGAUUAUCACGAACAUACACCUUUAUGGUGGUAUACUCUUGAAUGUUUCACCUAUAAAAUGCUCAACCGUGCUCUGCGAAUGCAAGAAGUCCAAAAUAUCCUUAAGAUGGGCUUCUUCCUACGUGAUGUUCAUCGGAACAUUGUAGAACUACACUCGCAAACAAAACACGACAGUCCCUUCACUGUCUAUCGAGGUCAAAAUCUAUCGCACAACGAUUUUUCUAAGAUCCAAAAGAAUAAUGGUGGUUUGUUGGCAUUUAACAAUUUUUUAUCUACAAGUCUCAAUGAAGAUGUCUCAUUAGGAUUUAUCCGAAAUUCCCCGUACAAUCCCGAGAUGGUAAAAAUACUCUUCAAAAUGACCAUCAAUCCAUCGACUUCUUCAGCUCCAUUCGCUUCGCUAAAGCAAGUAAGUGCUUUUGAAAAUGAAGAAGAAAUUCUAUUCUCCAUGCACACUGUAUUUCGAAUCCAUGAAAUCAAAAAAUUGGAAGACUCGGCGUGGCAAGUGGAUCUCGUAUUGACCACUGAUAACGAUGAAGAACUUAAACAACUCACUGAGCACAUCCGAAAAGAAACACAGAAAUUAACACCAUGGAAUCGACUGGGUCAAAUACUGUUCCGCAUGGGAAAUUUCAGUGAGGCGGAAGGACUCUACCAAAUAUUAUGCGAACGGACAUCGAACGGCGAUAAAAUUGAGCUUUCAGAAUAUUAUUAUUGGCUUGGGAGAAUCAAAAAUGCUCAAGGAGAUUAUACAAAGGCACUGGAUUUCUGUGAAAAGUCACUUGAAAUCAGAGCAAACAGUGUGCCACCAAAUCAUCUAGCUUUGGCUGCCACUUACAGCAGUAUUGCUACCGUGUAUAACAAUAUGCAAGAGUACUCGAAAGCACUCAAGUUAUCUCAAAAGUCGCUUGAAAUUAGACAAACAUUCCUGCCACCGAAUCAUCCAGAUUUGGCUGGCUCUUACAACGCCAUCGCUUCUGUGCAUGAGAACAUGGGAGAGUACUCGAAAGCACUCGAAUUAUACCAGACGUCACUUGAAAUUAGGCAAAAAUCGUUGCCACCGAAUCAUCCAGAUUUGGCUGCCUAUUAUAACAACAUCGCUUCCGUAUAUCAGAACAUGGGAGAGUACGAGAAAGCAUUCGAGUUAUCCCAAAAGUCACGUGAAAUCCAACAAAAAUCUCUUCCAUCGAAUCAUCCAGAUCCGAGCACGUUCAGUUUUACACGUUGA